CCGCUUGAGAUGGAUCACUGUAACUAGUAACUUCGCGUGAAAUUUACAUACAAGGCGUAUUAUACACAACGUGUAAAGAACAACCGACAAAAGACUGAAGUUUGCGCAGGUGUGCCAUUCCGACGAGAAGCGAGGGAACUCGUGUAUCUCUUAACAUGUUACACUGGAAUUUGAUGUAGAAUGAAGUAAAGGGGAACCAUAUUAAAGAGAAGUGACUUUUUUAGCGAGAUCAUGAAAACGUCAUUUGUUUUCGUUCACAUUAUUUGUAUAUGGGCGAGUGUUCUACACUUCCUCGGAGAGGUACAAGGUGAUGAAGACUGUCGGAUUCAAAAUAUUGCAUUGAACAAGCCAGCUACUCAAUCAUCCAAUCAUUAUUCUGGAUUAGCAGAGCGAGCUGUUGAUGGUAACAGGGACUCUUUUUACUAUAGUGGAUCUUGCUCUCACACAGAAUCGUACGGACCAAGAUGGUGGAAAGUAGACCUUGGCUACAUAGCUAAACUCCUCAUGGUUAACAUAACAAAUCGGCUAAAUGAAGACGCUUAUCCAAACGUCGCUGAAAGACUACGGCAGUUUGAAACUUGCCUAUCAAAUUCGACCGUCAACACUUUGAAUGAUCGCAGCCACUUUCACACUCAAAAAGACCCUCUGGGUAGUGGAGAGACCAGAUCUUACCCUUUUGAAUCUGCAGGACAGGUUGUACUCAUCAACAAACUCGACUACAACACAGACGCGCUGACUCUGUGUGAGGUGCAAGUGUUUGCUGAGGUCUGUUCUAUUGUAACAACGACGAGUUCCGCUGAAUCUAUUCAAAGUGCAUCGACCAGCUUUGAACUGACAGCUCAGCCACCCAACUGUGAAGAGGUUGCGUUUGCCCCUACUCCGGAAUCACCAUCUACUGGUCGUAGAUGCCUUUGCAGAAAUCGAGCAAAUGUCUCUAUCCCUAUAACCGACGAGGAGGUGUUGGCACGAAUUGAAACUCUCAAGGCAACACUAACGGUGGAUAAGAAGACGACAAGCGCCAGCAAAAGGAAGCUGAUAUCUGCUACUGAUGGCCGCACUUCAUCGAAGAUUAUCGGAGCUGUAGGCAUAGUGAUGCUUUGCGUUCCCGUAGUCUUCAUUGUGGCCAUGGACUUGUCUCGAUGUGUGUCAUGGUGGUCUGGCUUACACAAUUAGUGUCAAUGAUUGUAUCCACAUGGAUAGCGGAUCACGACUGUUUAAAGGUUCUCCAACAAGUGACGGUUAAUCGUACACGAGUUAGUAAAGUUUCUAAAUGUACCCGAUUUCUAUUCCCGAAAGGGGAAAUAACUGUCAAUUUGAAUAUUGACAUCACAAUGGAGAUACCAGGACAAAGAACUGUUACGUGACGCCUUAAUUGAAAUAUUGACCAAACCAUAAUUAUUGUGAGUGACCACAAUUUUUUAUCAAUUCUUCGCUUAUUUAUCCUAUUAGUCGAGAGUGAGUACAAUCUGCAUGGUUAUGGGAGAAAACAAGGAUCAACCCCAUACUGUUACUGCUUCCUAUAAACAUCAGAUGCCGAAUGGUUUUCAGUCUCAGCAGCAAUUAUAAAUACUUGUUGCUGAUACUUAAUGUAUGCGAAUUAAUUGAACGCAAUGACAACCUGAUUCAUUUCAGCCGAAUCCUCUUCAAACACGACAUUGAUCAUCUUCAUACUGGAAAGAAUUAUUGGACCACAAUGGAUACUAACGAACAUUAUAAAACAAUAUCGACCUUCAUUUUACACAAGAUAAUAGCGUGUUUUCUUAUGAGAUCAUCAUGGUGAACAUAAAUCUUUGUUUAAAUACAAAAUAACAACUGCGCAUGUAUAUUUUGCUAUACGAUCAUUCAGUAUGAAAUCUGGACUUCUCGUUUGUUGACUGACAAAAUGCGUUUAAAAUGGACAAUUAAUUCCAAAUAUUAGGAAGAGCAAAUUGUUUUAAGGACUUCCCACCCUUCGUUAUACACCUGUUUUUCUUGUCGUAUUUUCGUGUCGUCAUUUCCGUAUUGCGU